AGGCCGUCCCUGGGUCUAUCCGCACAGCAGAGCACUUUGUCCGUUUCCUAAAACGUUUCCUGGAGUAUCUGAAGUCCCGUCUCAGGGUCCAUCAUGUGGUACAGGAGAGCACCCCGCAGUUCCUCAAAGACAUCUUCGACAAAGUCUGCAUCGACCGCAAGCCCCUCAGGUUCUGUGCAGAGCGGUUACAGUCGCUGCUCCGGACCCUGGAGAUCGCAGACAUCGCAGACUUCUCAGCUAUUACUCUCAUCUCCAACUUUGCUACCCUCGUCAGCACCUACAGCCAAGGUUUCACCAUCAUCAUUGAGCCCUUUGAAGACAGAACUCCCACCAUCGCUAACCCCGUGCUGCACUUCAGCUGUAUGGACCCGUCUAUCGCCAUCAAACCAGUGUUCCAGAGGUUUCAGUCGGUCAUCAUCACCUCUGGGACUCUCUCUCCUCUGGACAUCUAUCCCAAAAUCCUCGACUUCCGCCCUGUUACCAUGGCAUCCUUCACCAUGACACUGGCCAGGACCUGCCUCUGUCCUCUGAUUGUUGGCAGGGGGAACGAUCAGGUGGCCCUGAGCUCAAAGUUUGAGACCAGAGAAGACUUCGCUGUGAUUCGUAACUAUGGCAACCUACUCCUUGAGAUGUCUGCAGUCGUUCCCGAUGGCAUCGUGGCAUUUUUCACCAGCUACGUCUACAUGGAGAAUAUCGUGGCGUCGUGGUAUGAACAGGGGAUCCUGGAGAACAUCCAGAGGAACAAGCUGAUCUUCAUCGAGACUCCGGACGCUGCAGAGACCAGCAUGGCUCUGGAGAAAUACCAGGAGGCCUGUGAGAACGGCAGAGGAGCCAUCCUGCUGUCUGUGGCCAGAGGAAAGGUGUCUGAGGGAAUAGACUUUGUGCACCAUUUUGGGCGUGCAGUCAUCAUGUUCGGGGUGCCGUAUGUUUACACACAGAGCCGCAUCCUGAAGGCCCGGCUGGAGUACCUCCGGGAUCAGUUCCAGGUCAGAGAGAACGACUUCCUGACGUUCGAUGCCAUGCGUCACGCAGCCCAGUGUGUGGGCCGAGUCAUCAGAGGCAAGACCGACUACGGACUCAUGAUCUUUGCUGACAAGCGGUACGCCCGAGCAGACAAACGUGGGAAGCUGCCUCGCUGGAUCCAGGAGCACAUCACAGACGGCAGUCUGAACCUCACUGUGGACGAGGCCGUGCAGCUCUCCAAACACUUCCUGAGGCAGAUGGCCCAGCCAUUCAGACAGGAGGACCAGCUGGGUCUCUCUCUGCUGACUCUGGAGCAGCUGGAGUCUGAGGAGAUGCUGAAAAAGAUCAGUCAGAUCGCUCAUCAGAGCUGAGAGUAGCAUAUAUGCAGUGGAUAAUGUCAUCACCGUGGCAACACCCAUAAUGGGAUCAGCAGUAUUUACAAUGGCAUCCUGAAAAGCAGAGAAAUAAAACGAUUGUUUUGUGACUAUGAUAGAGCACGGUCGCCCAGCAGAGGCAACAUAGGUUGUUAUGGGUUCACUACAUCAGGACAUUCAGACUAUGGGUCAGGAAAUCAGCUCAUCACUAAACAAAAGAAAAAUAGGAUGGAGUGUUUGUCUUUUAUACAAAUGUAACACAUUUAGUGAGAUUCAGGAUGUCUAAACUCUAAACAUCAUUAGGUCAACACGUUGCUUUAACUACAAAUCAAGAUUCCUCUGGGUGUCACUGCGGUCAUAAAGCGUCUGUCAUACAGACAGAACGACUUAGUUUCCUCUAACUGUACAGUCCCAUUUUUUACUGAAUCUGUUUUCCACCAGGAUGUCGGAGAAUAAAUGUUUGUAUCUAACAGAG